AUGCGAGUCCGUUGCGUUUUCCGGGCGGUAAUCGAGGUUGUCGGUGCGGAAAAGCCUCGGGUCCAAGCAGAGUUCUUCGUUGUUCCUCAGGGUCGCCAGUCUCUGUUGGGGCGAUCAACGGCAAAUGAGAUCAAACUGCUCGAAGUUGGCCUUGCUGUCAACAAUUGUGAAAACACUGAGCAGCACACAACUUUCCCGAAAAUGCCAGGAGUAAAAAUCAAAUUUGCCAUCGAUCGAUCUGUUCCUCCGAUCAGAAACGCCUACUACAAUGUCCCUGCGGCGUACCGCGAGGCUGCCAAGAAACGCUUGAAAGAGAUGGAGUCACUCGGAAUCAUUGAGAGGGUCGAAUCUGCUCCCGAGUGGAUAAGUGGCCUCUCGGCCGUCCCGAAAGGAAAGAAUGAUUUCCGCUUGGUUGUCAACAUGCGGGGCCCCAACAAGGCAAUCAAAAGGGAGUACUUCCGGUUGCCACUGCUCGAUGAACUGAAGGUGAAACUUCACGGGGCCGUUUACUUCACAAAGCUGGAUCUGAAAAGCGCGUUUUACCACUUGGAGUUGAGUAAGGAGUCGAGAGAGUUAACCACAUUUCUUUCGGAGGAUGGCAUGUACCGUUUCACGCGCCUUCUUUUCGGCGUGAACUGCGCGCCGGAGGCGUUCCAGAAGGAGAUGUGCAGGCUUUUCGCGGGAAUGGACAACGUGAUCAUCUACAUAGAUGAUAUCCUCAUCUUCUCAAACAACAUCGAAGAUCUCCGGCUAGUCACGGCCCGCGUCCUCCACAUUUUAAGAACCAACAAUUUAACUCUCAACACCGACAAGUGCGAGUAUGAGAUGACACACAUCACUUUCCUCGGUCACGAACUGGACCGUGAGGGCUUCCACGUGGACGAAGCGAAGGUUAAGGACAUCCGCACUUUCCGGCAUCCGGAGACGGCUUCUGAGCUACGCAGCUUCUUGGGGCUGGCGUCGUUUAUGAGUCCUUACAUCGAAAACUUUGCAGACAUGAGCAGCCCUCUCUGGGCCGUAUCCACCAAACCCACGUGGAAGUGGGGUCCCACCCAGGAGACAGCGUUCCAGAGGAUUAAGGAACGGAUCGCGAACUGUACGACUACGCUGGGGUACUUUUCGGAUAGCGAUGAAACGAUCUUGUACACCGAUGCUUCGCCCAAUGCGUUGGGUGCUGUCCUUGUGCAGCAGGCUGCUGGGGAACAUCCCAGAGUUAUCAGCUUCGCGUCAAAGGCCCUUACCAGCACUGAGAAGAUGUAUGCCCAGAAUCAGCGCGAAGCUCUGGCUGCUGUUUGGGCAGUCGAACAUUUUUCAUUUUUUCUGCUGGGUAGGCAUUUCACCCUUCGUACGGAUGCCAGAGGGAUCACAUUCAUUCUGGACAGGUGCAGAGAAUACUCGAAGAGGGCGUUGACACGAGCCGAUGGUUGGGCACUCAGGCUUACCCCAUAUCGCUACCAGGCGGAGUUUAUACGAGGUACGGAGAACAUCGCUGACCCAUCUUCGCGCCUGCACGUUGGAGCCGAUGACCCGUUCGACGAACAGCGAAGUCCUUGGGAAAUUGCGGCACUGGAAGCGGGCCCUGUGGGAUUCCUAACCGAGCAGGAAAUUAAAGCAGCAACGGCAAAGGAUGAGCAUCUACAGCAUGUGAUUGACGCCCUGGAAACCGGAGUUUGGCCAAAGCAUCUGACCAGGUUUGAGAGCGUCGCGGAUGACCUUUCUGUUGAAGAUGGAAUCCUCGUUAAAACGGGGUGCGCAGUCGUUCCCUUCGACCUUCGAUCAAAGACGCUGGAAUUGGCCCAUGACGGGCACCCGAUGGCGGCUAAAAUGAAGAGUAUUCUGCGUGCGCGAUGUUGGUGGCCAGGAAUGCCGGCGGAGGUCGAUAAGUGGGUGAGCUCUUGCAAGACAUGUGCCAUCAGUGGUCCCCCGGAGAAAACUACCCCGAUGCGGCGUGCCAAGGUCCCUGAGGUUGUUUGGGAAGCCUUGGCCCUGGACUUCAACGGCCCCUACGCGAAGCUGAACGGGAUUUCUAUCUUAGUCAUCAUUGACUAUCGUUCCCGAUACCUCAUUGCACGACCGGUGAGGUCAACGAGCUUCGAGGAGAUGAAAACUCUCUUGGAGGAGCUGUUUGACAGGGAAGGUUUCCCGAAAUACCUACGCUCGGACAAUGGCCCACCUUUUAACGGGGAGGAGUACAAAAGGUAUUGCUCCGAAAGAGGGAUCAAGCCGGAGUUUUCGACUCCUCUGUUUCCCCAGCAAAACGGCUUGGCCGAAAGCAGUAUGAAACUGGUCAACAAGGCGAUGUCGAGUGCUUUGUCAAAUGGGAAGAACUACAAGGAGGAGUUACGAUCAGCGAUCAAUGCGUACAACGCGGCAGCUCACUCGGUCACGGGUGUAGCCCCUGAAGAGGUCAUGCGUGGGCGCAAAAUCCGGAGACGGCUACCGUUACUACACCCGGGAAAAGCUGAAAUUGACGAAAAACGCUUCGAGGGAAAGGACAAGCGGACUAAAAUGGCAGCAAAGCGUCGUGAAGACUCUCGUAGAGGUGCGCGAGACUGUCGCGUGAAACCGGGAGAUUUCGUAGUUGUCGAGCGACACGUUCGCGCGAAGGGCGAUACACGAUUCGACCCUCAGCGAUUCACUGUAAUGAAGGAAGACAAUGGAAGCCUUACUCUUUGCAACGAGGAAGGGCAAACCAUUCGCCGCCAUGUUACCCAGACCAGGAAGGUACAUGAAUGGCGUGACGAGAAUCGCACGCCUGGCAGAGACGAAAGUCAUCCACGUGACAGGGCCGAGAGCCAUCCACGUGACGAGGACGUGAGCCGUUCGCGUGACAAGAAUACUGGAGAAGACCGGGAGGUGUCGCGUCGUCCGACAAGGGAAAAGAGAGCCCCCGCCCACCUGAAAGAUUUCGUUCAGGAAGUUCGGGAAAACUGAGUUGGAGUUAAUUAAGACGGUUAAGAGUGUUGUAUCAGCAAAUAAACAACAUGAAGUUCGUUCAACUUUUUUUUCUCUUAGAGAAGAGGGAAGAUGUGUGGUAGCAAACCCUAUUUAUGUUAUGCGACCAGUCCCUAGCCCACCCCUGGUUGACAGUGACAGAUCGAGCCUGUUCGGCUGAUCUGUCAAUGACAGCUCAAGCCUGUUCGGGCGCGUGAGAGCAGCCAUCCCUGUCUCGUCCUCUUUCUUGUGUGAUCCUUCGAGGAGGUAGGUUGGUUGCUGCUGCGGUCUUCCCUCGGCGGACGAUUUGUUGGAUCCAAUAUGGA